AUGGCUUCUAGAUGCUGCUUCCAAUGGCUCCUACUCGCCCAAGCUGCUCUUACCGUAGCCGCCUCCUCUGAUUCUUGUCACUUCCCAGCCGUUUUCAACUUCGGUGACUCCAACUCUGACACUGGUGGGUUAUCGACCGCCUUUGGGGCGGCCCGCCAUCCUACGAUGAGUCCUUCUUUUGGCAAGCUGGUCGGUCGGAACUGCGAUGGCCGUCUCCUCGUCGAUUUCAUCGCGAGCAGCCUAGACCUCCCAUUCCUCAGCACCUACCUCAACUCUAUCGGCACCAACUUCUCUCACGGUGCGAACUUUGCCACGGCCGGGUCGACGAUCAGAGCAUUUACUAGGAGGGUGGAAGGUACUUUUGGAUCCCCAACACUGGGGCUUUUGGCUGCCUCCCUUAUGUUUUGGACCGGCUCACACUUAAAGCGCCGGAGGUUGAAUGUUUUCCUCUAUUUAUACCACAACAAUUCCAUUCCAAUUAUCUCACUUCUCUUCUCCUUCUUCUCCAUGGCUUCUAGCUACUGCCUCCAAUGGCUCCUCCUCGCCCAAGCCCUUCUCAUCGUAGCUGCCUCCUCUGAUUCCUGCCACUUCCCGGCCAUCUUCAACUUUGGCGACUCUAACUCUGACACUGGCGGGUUGUCGGCCGCCUUUGGGGCGACCCCGCCGCCCUAUGGCGAGUCUUUCUUCGGCGAGCCGGUCGGUCGGUAUUCUGAUGGUCGCCUCCUCAUCGAUUUCAUCGCGAGUAGUCUGGGCCUCCCGUUCCUCAGCGCCUACCUCAACUCUGUCGGCACCAACUUCUCUCACGGUGCGAACUUCGCCACGUCCGGGUCAACGAUCAGGCAGCCUUACGCCACAUUGAGCCAGUCUGGCUUCAGCCCCAUCUCCAUGGACGUCCAGACUUGGGAGUUCUCCCAAUUUAAGUCUCGCUCCCAAGCACUCAUCCAGCGUGUAGGAUUGUUCAAGGAUCAACUGCCAAAGGAAGAAUACUUCUCUCAAGCUCUAUAUACGAUUGACAUCGGCCAAAACGACCUCACGGAGAGUUACUUCAUAAAUUGGACUACUAAAGAAGUUAAAUCGGCUAUUCCUGAUAUCUUAGACAAGUUUGUUCUCGCCAUUCAGAGCAUUUACUGGGAAGGAGGAAGAUACUUUUGGAUUCACAACACUGGGCCUUUUGGCUGCCUCCCUUAUGUUUUGGACCGGCUCACCCUUAAAGCGCCAGAGGUGGAUCGCUUUGGCUGUGGGGCUCCCUUCAACGAAGUGGCCCAACUUUUUAACCGAAAGCUAAAUCAGACUUUGAGUCGACUGAGGAAGGAUCUCCCGCUCGGUGUCUUCACUUAUGUGGAUAUUUACUCAAUCAAGCGCGAGCUUCUAAGCCAUGCGCACCAGCAUGGAUUUGAGUUGCCACUCGUAGCGUGUUGCGGACAUGGAGGAAAGUACAACUACAAUAUAAAUAUCGGAUGUGGAUCAACAGUGACAAGAAAUGGAAAAGAGGUGAUGGUUGGAAAGUCAUGUCAGAAUCCAUCGAAGAGAAUCAUUUGGGACAGAGUUCACUACACUGACGCCGCCAACAAAUGGAUCUUUCAACAAAUUGUGGAUGGAAAAUUCUCGGAUCCACAGGUUCCUCUAACGUUGGCGUGCAAAGCGAAGAUAUAAUGAGCCAUUGAUGCGUUAGGUUUUAGCUUAUUGAUUUUGAA